CAGUAAGCUUGUUCCUUCGUGUCACAUCCGCCACCGUCAUUCAUCCGAUCAUCAUGCUGCUUCCCCUUCAUUCUCUCAUCACGUUCUGCUCUUCUUCCCCAUCAUGAUAUGAUCUUCGUGUUUCGACUCAUCUCUGUCAGCCUCUAGUCUUGUCUUCCUGCAGUAGUUUCCUGCUCUUACACUCGUUUCAAAACACUCGCUCUCGUCCUCGUCGAAAAGGACUCGCUACUCCUCAUUUGUUGUCUUAUAGGCACCAGCGGAAGCCUUCCUCUACACGCAACCUCCAUUUAUACAUUAAUCCUAAUAAUCCUAAUAAUGCAACAACGAUGAACUUCACUGCUCCUGACAGAAAACACUUGCGCCAGCGCUGCCCUUGGCCAGUCACGGUUGCCGCUGUUACUGUUGUUUUACUUGUGCUGUUUUAUGCCUAUGAUACCACUACGUUUGCCGACAAUUCUAGAGUCAUACAGGGCUAUUCACAUAUAGAACUUUCGUCCUCCGAAUCCCGACUGUCAGAUACCCACCACCUCAUCCCGCUGCUUUACAAGCCCUUCGUGCACCCCGUCGAUGCGUCUAAAUUUGUCAACCAUGAUGGCCAGACCUACGAGCUUACUGAACCGCCACGCUUUACUGAGCCCCUAGGCAAGAAGGUCCUGAUUUUGGAUGUCGACACCCGCCCUCUCAACGGAGAAGGUGGGAUGCUCAAUGAAACCAUGCAAUACGACUCGAUCACCCAUCAGACAGCGGGUAUGCUGAACCACUAUCUCUAUGCCAUGGUGCACGGUUACGAGUACAAGUUUAUCCAGUCCCCGGCAUAUACCGACAGACAUCAAACAUGGGUCAAGGUUCCCAUGAUCCGGGAGGCCCUGAAGUCAUAUGAUUACGUUGUGUUCCUCGACUCUGACGCCGUUUUCCCCCACACCCAUCUACCCGUUGAGUGGCUGUUCAACUACUGGAAUAUCCGCGAAGAGACUCUCCUGGCCAUGGCCCUGGAUCCAGAUCAGCCGUUCAACAAGGACUCGCGUGGCAAUACUAACCUCAACACUGGCUUCAUUAUUGCACAGGCCAGUCCGAGGACCACUGAAAUGCUUAAUGUCUGGGAGGACUGCGUCACCGACACAAAGUUUGAGAAAUGCUCCAAGUGGCGGUAUGAAUGGAGCCACGAGCAGGCGGCAUUCAGCGAUUUCAUGCGCUACGAGUACGAGCGCGGUACCGAAGUCAUCGAGCUUGCUUGUACCGAAGCCAACGGGUACCCUCAGAAAGCCGAUUCUGGUUGUUCUGGCGAGUUUGUCAGGCAUUUCUGGCUAGGCAAAGAGUUGGUCGCCGAUGCCCUGCGUGACACCGUCUCGAGGUACAUGGCUCUGCGCCUGCAUGAGACUUUCCGCGACUACAUUGAUGUGUCAAUGGUGAAUGCCUCGAAUAAGACGUUGCCGUUACAUGCCGGCGAACGAGUUAUUGUGUGAUGUCACUUUUUACCUUCACCCAUUACCGGCGUUCGGUUUUUAUAUAUCCUGUAUCGGGACUAUUUCAUUCCUUGUAUAUAUUGCAUACGCAGAUAUUUCUCAUAGACAACUGUGAAUAUUACA